AUGAACACCCGGCCCCCCAUAGAGGCUCCCAACGAGCCGGCUGUCCUGUCGGUCGCCUUCAACCAUGACGCCAGCCGCUUCUCCGUCGGGCUCAACACGGGCUUCUGCAUCUUCCAGACCUCGACGUGCCAGCUGCAGACGAGGCGCGACUUCAACGCCGGCCUGGCGCUGGUGCAGAUGAUGGGCAUGUCCAACUACCUGGCGCUGGUGGGCGGGGGGCGGUCGCCCAAGUUCCCGCAGAACAAGGUCAUCAUCUGGGACGACAGCAAGGCCAAGGUGGCGCUGGAGAUCACGACGCUGACGGCGGUGCGCGGCGUGCAGCUGACGCGGGCCCGCGUCGCCGUCGUGCUGCAGAACUCGGUGCGCGUCUACGCCUUCGAGAAGCAGCCCAAGCCGCUGGCCAAGUACGAGACGGCCGACAACCUGGCCGGCCUGUGCGCCCUCAGCGACCGCUGGCUCGUCUUCCCGGGCCGCACCCCGGGCCAGGUCCAGGUCGUCGACCUGGCCACCGACAACGUCAGCAUCAUCCCCGCCCACGCCUCGCGCCUGGCCGCCCUGCAGCUCAGCGCCGACGGCGAGCUGCUGGCCACGGCCAGCGAGAAGGGCACCAUCGUGCGCAUCUUCUCCACCGCCAGCUGCGCCCGCGUCGCCGAGCGCCGCCGCGGCAGCGAGUUCGCCCAGAUCUACUCGCUGCGCUUCAGCCCCGGCGGCUCCAUGCUGGCCUGCACCAGCGCCAAGGGCAGCCUGCACAUCUUCGACGUGUCGUCGCCCGGCCGGGGCGGCGCGUCCCGGUCCGCCUCGCCGCCGCGCUCGCCGGGCGUAGGGGUUACGGGGGCGGCCGGGGCCGGAUCGGGAGGCGUCGCCGCCGCCGCCGCCGCCGACGCCACGAACAAAUGGGGGUUCCUGUCCAGCCUGCCGUUCGGGCCGUUCUCGGAUGUGUACUCGUUCACAUCGGCGAGGUUCGAGGCCGGCGACGAACCCAUGGCCGGCUCGGCGGCGAACGAGGGGCAAGCCGUGCUGGGGACGACGCGGCCGAUCAAGGGGGUGAUCGGGUGGAUCGACGACAGCAGUCUGAUUGUCGUCGGCGCCGGCCGGGAUGCGCGGUGGGAGAAGUUCGUGCUCGCCACGGGGGACGAGGGCCAGAGGGUGCUGGUCCGAGAGGGUUGGAAACGGUACCUUGGAAAUUAG